GCCGCGCCCCCGCUGCGCGCUGCCCGGCGGAGAUGCGCGGCCGCUGCGCGCCUGCGGCAUGGACCCAGCGGCGGCGCCCGAGGAGGACACGCUGGUGGCCCCGGCAGCGGGGAAGGGUCCCCGCCGGGCAGGGAAGGGCAAUUGGUCUGGAAGUCUGAUUGUAGCCUCUUUAAUUGGUGCUUUUGGAUCAUCUUUUCUUUACGGUUACAAUCUCUCCGUCGUGAAUGCUCCUGCAGUGUACAUCAAGAAGUUUUACAAUGAAACUUGGGAAAGAAGAUAUGGCUUCUCAGUGGACGAAAGCACCCUGACUCUCCUCUGGUCUAUAACUGUAUCUAUUUUUGCCAUUGGUGGCCUUGUAGGUGCCAUUAUUGUUACCCCAAUUGUGAAGUUCUUCGGAAGGAAGUGUACACUGCUGCUCAAUAAUGUAUUUGCAGUGACGGCUGCAUUGCUGAUGUCGCUCUCUUUGCUGGCGGGAUCAUUUGAAAUGCUCAUACUGGGCCGCAUUAUAAUGGGUGUUGAUGCAGGCAUUUCUCUGAGUGCCCUUCCCAUGUAUUUGAGUGAAAUAUCUCCUAAGGAAAUCCGUGGUUCAUUGGGUCAGGUCACAGCAAUUUUCAUCUGUGUUGGUGUUUUCACUGGGCAAGUUUUGGGGCUUCCAGAGAUAUUUGGGAAAGAAUCUCGGUGGCCUUACUUAUUUGGAGUGAUCAUCGUUCCCUCAUUGGUACAAGUUGUGAUUCUGCCUUUUCUUCCUGAAAGUCCUCGUUACCUCCUACUUGAAAAACAUAAUACCACCAAGGCAGAAAAAGCAUUUCAGACCUUUCUUGGGAAAGAUGACGUGUCUCAUGAAGUAGAAGAAGUUUUGGCAGAGAGUCGAGUCCAAAGAAACACCAAAUUAGUAUCGGUACUACAGCUCCUGAAAACCCGCUCUGUGCGAUGGCAGGUCAUUACUGUGGUCGUCACCAUGGGCUGCUACCAGCUCUGUGGGCUAAAUGCAAUAUGGUACUACACAAACAACAUCUUCAGUGAAGCUGGGAUCAAUCCUGAAACAAUUCCAUAUGUUACUCUAAGCACUGGUGCUGUUGAGACUUUGGCUGCUGUUUUUUCUGGCUUAGUUAUUGAGCGACUGGGACGCAGGCCUCUUCUCAUCGGAGGUUUUGGGUUGAUGAUUGUCUUCUUUGCAAUUCUUACCGUGUCUCUGACUUUACAGAAUAAUGUGCAUUGGCUUCCUUACCUCAGUAUAUUUUGCAUUCUUGCAAUCAUUGCAUCGUUCUGCAUUGGACCAGGUGGGAUUCCAUUUGUCCUCACGGGAGAGUUUUUCCAGCAGUCUCAGAGGCCAGCUGCUUUCAUGAUAGCUGGGACAGUCAACUGGCUCUCCAACUUCGCAGUCGGAUUGCUCUUCCCUUUCAUUCAGAGUGGUUUACAGACCUACUGCUUCCUAGUGUUUGCUGCCAUCUGCUUCGCAGGAGCCACCUACCUGUUUUUUGUCCUGCCUGAAACAAAAAACAAGACACUCAAUGAGAUCAGCCAAGCAUUUGCGAAAAGGAAUAAGGUCUCUUUAGAAAUGCAAGAAGUGAACCACUACUCAGGAGAGAGGAAAUCAAGUGCAGAGCAAGAAUCAAACUUCACUUCUUCGGUGGACAAUGGGGAAACCAAAAAAGGAAUCGUGUAAAAACAAGGAUGUUCUUUCGAAAGGACUGGGGGAAAACAUGUUCUUGUCAUUCAGUAUGUUUAUAGCAGUGCACAACUUGUAUUUUUAAUGUGACAGCAUGAACUGCUUCCUCCUUGAAUACAUUUUUAAGUGAGUACUGGUGAAUUCAUUAGCAGCUAGGGUGAGUGUAGAGGAAGUGGGAGGCAGGAGUAGCAGCAGCUGUUUAAAUAAAUAAGAGACUAAGUUUUCUUGGGCACCUGCAAAAUAGGUGGUAUGGCAACAGGGGUGGGCAAUAUAGACUUGGAGAAGCAAAUUGGCCUUGCGGAGCAGAAUUUGGCCGAGCACAGCUGUGUGGUAAUGGUGGGGUGUGUGUGCACUUGGCAGGAGAUGAAAGGGAAGCGAUCCCUUCAGUGUUCGGGCUGCUGGGAAUCAAUGCAAGCAAACCUGAAAUGGGACCAGCUUGCAUUUCUCCACGUUUUCCAAUGUGUCGUUAAAGUUGUACAUGAGAUUGAGUGCUUCAAAGAAGACCGGUGACACUCCCCUGACCUCUGAGUCCAUUUCCAGCUAUUUUGGCUUUCCAUUGCUUCAUCCAAAAACCUCCCAACUUUACAUAAAUGGAGAGCUGCAGGUCCCGAUCAGUUUCCUCAUGUCUCUCACAAAUCCUGAUCAACUAGUAAUAGAAUUGCCUGUAGUUUCUGGAUUUGCUGGCACUGCAUUUCUGUGGAAAUUAUUUAUAUAUAUAUAAAAGAAUAGCUGUAGAAUCUUUAAUAUGAAAGAAAAGCUAAACCUCAUGGUCAAGUGAAAGAACUCUGAUGUAUAGCGUGUAGCAG